CUCCGAGCCGCCCCCCCCCCCCAGCCUCCCACCCCCACGCCGUAGGGACGAAGGAAACAAAAGUCUGGGUUGGUUGCAGUUUCUCCCCCCCCCACCCCCCCAUGGAAGAGCCUGUGACCCACGCCGGAUCCCACGCAGCCCCAUGGCUACCCAGCAGCCUGCAGAGUAGCUGAAGCGGGAGGUAGCCAAUGUCGUCCAGCAAAGGGGCGGGGGCUGGAUCUCGCCGGCGCCGGACGCGCUGCCGUAAGUGCAAAGCCUGCCAGCGGACGGAGUGCGGCGAGUGCCACUUCUGCAAGGACAUGAAGAAGUUCGGGGGCCCGGGGCGCAUGAAGCAGUCCUGCCUGAUGAGGCAAUGCACAGCGCCAGUCCUGCCUCACACAGCUGUGUGCCUGCUCUGUGGCGAGGCCGGGAAGGAGGACACGGUGGAGGGGGAGGAGGAGAAAUUCAACCUGUCGCUCAUGGAGUGCUCCAUCUGCAACGAGAUCGUCCAUCCCGCCUGCCUCAAGAUGGGGACGGCGGAAGCUGUGAUUAACAAUGAGAUUCCCAACUGCUGGGAGUGCCCCAAAUGCAAACGAGAAGGGAAAUCCAACAAGGACUCGGGUGGCGACGGGACAGGGAAGCGCCGGGCGGACAACGGCGAGGACGGGGUACGGUGGAAGCUGACGGACGAGGUGGCCCAGCACAAGAAGAAGCUGUUGCCGGCCCCGCCCCCUGCGGAGGAGCCCCCCGCCAGCGCCCACAAGCGCAAGAAGGAGAAGGAGCUGCCGCCCCCCGACACGGGGCCCAAGAAAAAGUUGAAAGGCGGGCGGGAAAAACACUUGAAGAAGGCCUCCGAGCAGCCGUCGGAUGGGAACAAGCUGCAGCCGCUACCGAGCUGGGGCCGCGUGGGGAGCGGCGACUUGGAGGUGAAAGGGUCCAUCUCCCACUCGACCAUCCACCUGAGCCAGAUCGGCCCCAGCGACCUGGAGAAAACCAAGGCACCUCAGGGACCUCUGGAGCCUUCUGCGCAGUCGGACAAGUCUCACCAGCGGGAGAAGCUGGAGCGCUUCAAGCAGAUGUGCCAGAUGUUGGAGCGCGUCAAAAACAGCAGCAGCUCCAGCUCCAGCUCCGACUCGGACUCGGACACGGACUCGCGGGGCUCGGAGGGCUCCAGCGGGGGGGGGGCCUCCAGCCGGGCCGCCUCACCCGCCUCCCGGGCCCAGCGCCUGGCCGCUCUCGGCUUCAGCGCCAGUGAGGAGGACGAGGAGGAGGACGAGGAGGAGGAGGAAGGCCGCAACGGGGGCUCGGAGGCGGCCCGCAAUGGCAAGCAGCCCAAGGGGCCGCGGGCGAACUGUCAGGAGAAGGAGAACCACCACCGGGCCGCCAGCAGGGGGAGCGAGCGAGCCAAGCAGCAGCCCGGGGGCCGCAAGGGAGGCCGGCCGGCCGGGCAGACGGGCCUGCACAUGGUGACCCGGACUCAGUUCCUCCAGUGGCCCCUGGUGCCCUCGCCCCCCAAGCCCCUGCUGCAGUUGGAGCGGCACGUGGUGCGCCCGCCCCCCGACAGCCCCGAGCCGGACUCGCUGCCCCUGGACAGCGGCUCGGACCACGUCAUGCAGCGUGACGUCUGGCUGGCCGUCUUCCAGCACCUCAGCUACCGCGAGCUCUGCGUCUGCAUGCGGGUGUGUCGGACCUGGAGCCGAUGGUGCUGUGAUAAGCGCCUGUGGACCCGCAUCGACCUGAGCCGCCGGAAAUCGAUCACCCCGUCUAUGCUGAGCGGCAUCAUUCGCCGGCAGCCGGGCAGCCUCGACCUCAGCUGGACCAACAUCUCCAAGAAGCAGCUCAUGUGGCUUAUCAACCGGCUACAGGGCCUGCGGGAGCUGGUCCUGACGGGCUGCUCGUGGUGCUCCGUCUCAGCGCUGAGCACCGCCAGCUUCCCCUCGCUGCGGCUGCUCGACCUGCGCUGGAUCGAGGACGUCAAGGACUCGCACCUCCGUGAGCUGCUGCUGCCCCCUACAGACAGCAAGCCAGGUCAGACCGAGAGCCGGGGCCGGCUGCAGAACGUCUCUGAGCUGCGUCUGUCGGGGCUGGACAUCACGGACGCCUCGUUGCGCCUCGUCGUCCGCCACACGCCCCAGCUCGCCAAGCUGGACCUGAGCCACUGCAACCAUGUGGGUGACCAGUCUGUCAACCUGCUGACCGCUGCUAACUCCCCUCGCGACAGCCUCGCCGAGAUCAACCUCUCCGGGUGUAACCGCCUGACGGACCAGUGUCUGCCUCUCUUCCGACGCUGCCCGCGCCUCUCCCGCGUCGAUCUGCGCUCCUGCCGCCACGUCACGCCCGAGGGCUGCGCCCGCUUCUGCGAGGACUCGGGGCCCCCGGCCCCGCCGCCUGCCGGGCCACCCUUCCGCUGCCCCGAGGAGAAAUUGCUGCUCAAGGACAGCUAAUAGCCGGGCGGGGCCAGGCUGCGCCAGAGACUUGAAGAGAGACCUUUUACUAAAGCCAUGCACUGAAUCCUGGGGGGGCCGGGGGCCUUCCAGGGCUGGGGGGAGCAAGGGGGAAACCCAUUCCCCCCCCCCCCCCACUGCUGAUUUGGGAGGGGAUC